AUGGCUUUACUCCUCUUCACAUACACCCGUACCUCUAUCCGCGCCGCCAAACAAAACGCCCAGAAACAUCGCGAAGCAGACGGAGGACAAAUAAAUUGGGCCAAUGAAAGUAUGAGACGCCAUGGGAAGUUGAUUGUCCCGCAGGAGCAAAAUCCCGUGAAGCAAUUAUUGGGGACUGCAAAGGAUAAUUUGGAGGACUUGAGGUCGAAGGGGGAUGCGCCUGGGAAAUAUGAAACGGAGAAAAAAUUGAGAGAGAGAGCGGCGAAGGGGAGGGAAGAUGCCUAUACUGGGAAAUCAGAAUAA